UUUAAAAGACUUUAACAUUAUGGAAGAAGCCGGUGGAGUUGGCAAGGGAAUUACUCGGGACUUUAACGUUGAUGUUAAUGAUAGCACCUUGCAAAUCCACUUAUCAUGGGCAGGAAAAGGAACUAAUGCAGUCCCUAUGAGAGGUGUAUAUGGACCUCUUAUAUCUGCUAUCACUGUGACCCCAAACUUUAAAAUUCCUUCGAAUCGGUUGUCUGCCGGAGCAAUUGUUGGAAUUGUGAUUGGAUCAUUGGCCCUUGUUUUGCUGAUACUUUUUGUCCUUUGGAAGAUGGGUUACAUUUUUCGGAAAGAUCAAACAGACAAAGGUAAGAUUUUAGUUCUAAGUAAAUAAAACAUUUUCAUGGUUGAACCAUGGACCGCUUUAUUUUCACUUCUUGUUCCUGAGUAAACCACUUAUCUUAUUGCAGAACUCCUAGAAUUGAAAACAGGUUAUUUCAGUUUGAGACAAUUAAAGCUGCUACUAAUAACUUCGAUCCAGAAAAUAAGAUAGGUGUCAUACCCCAAAAUUUGCCCAUCAAUAGUUCAAGACAUUUUUCAGGGGCAUUCCGACUCAUU